AUGGCGAACAAUCCCCAAGCUUUAUAUAGGGAAGGAAUGGUCAAGUGUUUUUGCGAUGUUAACUAUGAUGUCGAUUGCGGCGUACGACUCCUACGGGAAGCGUCUGAUCGAGGAGUCAUCGAGGCUACUUAUGCUCUUGGUUUGCAGUUGAUUUGUAUCGAGUCUCGAGCUUCGGAAGGUUAUCGAGUUCUACAGGAUCUCGAUGUGAUAUAUUUUGAAGAAGGCUUCGACGUUAUUACGCGCUGUCGACGUGUGACCAACCGUAUGAUCGCUGAUAUCUGGACAACGUCACAACUCGAACCGCUGAAGAGGGUUUACUGUCCUUGUAUCGAUGAUCCCGAUCGGUGUUCGUAUUGUUUUUGGAAUUAUGAGGCGGAAUAUCUGGCUGAUUUACUUGAGAGACGAAAUUAUGGUCCCUUGCCCAUAUCGUAG